UGGGUUGUAAAGGGCGGAGUUAAUAACAAAAACUGACGGGUUCUUCCGUUGCUUCCUCCUGUUAAGCAUUCGUUUUAGUCCGCAUGUCGGUGGAGACCACAAGGAGAGAAGCUGUCCAUACGUGAUGAAACACUUGUAAAAUAUGAGGAGAGAGAUUGCAGCUGUGGUGUUCUUUCUGAAGAGGCUUGUGAAAAAGGGGGAGAAGUUGGAAGCGGAGAAGGUCGAGCUGUUUGUUGAGAGGCUGGCUGUGGCACUGCAGGAGAAGUUUAAGGGGCACUGGUAUCCUGAAAACCCCAGCAAGGGACAAGCAUACAGGUGCAUCCGCGUGAACAGAUUUCACAGGCAGGAUCCAGAGCUCCUUCGGGCCUGUCAUGAGAGUGGUAUCCAGUACAGUGACCUGGGACUGCCUCGUGAACUCACAUUGUGGGCGGACCCUGGGGAGGUUUGUUGCAGGUAUGGUGAGCAAAAUCCUUGCUUCUCGGUUGCCACUUUCUCAAGUGACGAUGAGGAUGGCAAAGAUGUUGCAAAGAAGGUGACCAGUGCACUGGAGAGGGUGACAUCAGACUACCACUCUGGUUCCUCUUCUGAUGAGGAGAGUGCCCGCACUUCUCCCCUCACUAUCCCCAGCAGAUGCUCUGCUUCCCAGAAAAUGAAUCCAUCUGCUCCUAUGUGGCAUCCCAAAAAGAUGGUACCAGGAAAAGGUUAUAUCCUUCCACAGCCCCACUACAGCUACAGGCCUCGGAAUAGAGCCCCACACAGUUUGAGGAACAACCUGUGGGUCCCUCCUGUGUACAGGGGAGGGCCUGGAUAUUGGGAAACACACCAAAAUCUGGCACAUUGUUACAGUUAGGAAUCAUGGUGCUUAUUGUUCACACUGGACAUUAAACCUGAAGGCAACUUUAAUAUGACUGACCAUUUGUUGUUGUUUCUUUUUAAACAUGAACUUUUUAUAAAUGAAAUGUUUUUUUGACAAAGUCUGUUUUGCACUUUAGACUAUUUGUUAUAGUUGGAAGAAAUCACUUGUAUUAAAUUAGAUAUUGAUAUUGGAAUACUACACGUAUAGUCUUGAAGUACUGUAUUUUUACUAAGGGAAAUGUUCAUGUUUGCCACUGACUGUCCUUUGAUAAAAUGUUUUAUUUAUUCAUAGUGAAGAAUUGUGUCAGAAGUAAAGGCUUAAAUUUAUGGAGUUUUAUUAAAUACUUCUAGC